GGGAGAGAGACACCGAAGGGGAGGGAGGAGGAACUUGAAGGAAAAAAGUUAAAAUAAAAAUGGCUUCCUUGUCUUUGGAGUCCACAGAACAAACUGAAAACGGCCCAAAGGAGAGCGCGCAAAAUGAAGCCAAAGUGAAAGAGGAGACGGACCCGGACGAAGUUUCGGAACAACUGUUGCAGAGCUUCCAGAACUCGGCGCUCAGUUUUUCCACCGAUCAAGUCGCGUGUCUGUGCGAAGCGCUCCUGCAAGCGGGCAAUGUGGAUCGCCUGUGGAGAUUUCUCGCCACCAUCCCUCCUUCGGCCGACCUGCUACGUGGCAACGAGACCCUGCUGAAGGCCCAGGCUCUGGUCGCUUUCCACCGGGACGAAUUCAAAGAGUUGUACGCCAUCCUGGACAGUCAUGACUUUCACCCGAGUAACCAUGGGUUCCUGCAAGACCUCUACUUGAAGGCGCGAUACAAGGAGGCUGAGAGGUCCCGGGGUCGCAGUUUGGGCGCCGUGGAUAAAUAUCGGCUGCGCAAAAAGUUUCCUUUGCCCAAAACCAUUUGGGACGGAGAGGAGACGGUGUACUGCUUCAAAGAGAAGUCGCGCAACGCUCUGAAGGAAUGUUACAAGAUCAACAGGUAUCCCACUCCGGCC